AUGACCUCCUUCAGCGCCAACCGCUCGCGCUCCUCCUCCACCUCCUCCCGCCCAGCUCUCUCCCUCGACCUCUCCAACCUCCCACCUCUCACCACACCAACACCACCAACAAACACCCUUCUAAUCACCAACCUCCUCGACCUUACUCUCUUCCAACCUCCCUUGAUCAACAAAAUCCGCGAAACAAUCACCUCUGUCGCUCCCUUAAACUCCUUCUCCCCGCUCCCCUCCCUCCGCCGCAUCAUCUGCUCCUUCCACGCCACAGACGACGCCGUCACCAUCCGCAAAAUGCUCGACGGCGAUAACCUGGGCUCCCAAACCGCCCGCGCCAAGAUCUACUUCGGCGAACCAACACCCAUCCUCGAUGAAAACGAAGCCCGCCACCCAAAGAACUUCCUGCAAGCUCCCCAGGUCGACAAGUUGUUCUUUAUCUCGCCGCCGCCGUCCCCGCCGGCCGGUUGGGUGCUGCGCCAGGAGGACCCGCCGAACAAGGAAGUCCACGCGAGCGAUCUGGCGUCUGCGCUGGAGAGCCUUAAGACGGAGAACUCAGGCUCGGGUGUUUCUGCUGCCGCUGCGCCUGUUGAGGAGAUGGGGAUUGAUACGCCUAUCUCGUUCACGUCGGAGAAGCGGAUGGGGAGUUGGCCGGUUUCGGACCAUCAGCGGAGUCGGAGUUCUACGCUGAUUUAUGUUCCUGAGGAUCAUGGGAGUAGCCCGGAUUUGCCGGCAGUUAUGGUUGAGGAUACUACGACGGUGGAGUUGGAGGAGCCGAGUCCGAUUGAUAUGGCGGUUAAGAAGAUGCCGCCUAAGACGUCGAUGCCGCCGGUUGAGUUGAUGUGA